AUGACAGACCCUGAGCUCAUCGCUUUCGCGAAAGCAAUAUCCCGCGUAUUGGGCUGGGCCUACUUUCUCUGCUGGAGCGCCUCUUUCUACCCGCAACCUAUUUCAAACUACUUCCGCAAAUCUACUACCGGCCUCGCAAUCGAUUUCCCUACGCUGAACGUACUCGGCUUCGCAUGCUACACCGUUUCCACAUCCUCCUUUCUCUACUCUCCCGCCAUCCGCGAACAAUACGCAUACAGACAUCCUGACGCGCCGGAAACGACCGUUCGGUUCAACGACUUCCUGUUCGCGGCCCAUGGCGCAGUGUUGUGUGUUAUAAUAUAUAGCCAGUUUUUCCCGAGAUUAUGGGGUUUUAGGGUAGGGAAGACGCAGAGGGUUAGUAGACCUGUACUGGGGAUUUGGUGGGGCUGUGUUGUCGUUGUUGCGGUUACAGUCGCGUUGGUGCUAAGGCUGGGAGGAGAUGAUGCAGAAGGAUGGGCGUGGAUUGAUGUAAUCUACGCCCUCGGCUACGUCAAACUCACAACCGUCGUUGUCAAGUACAUCCCCCAGGCAUGGGUCAACUACAAGCGCAAGUCUACUAUUGGCUGGUCCAUCUACCCAAUGCUCCUCGACUUCGCGGGAGGCUGGCUCUCACUAGCGCAACUGGUUAUCGACUCCUCGUUACAAAAUGACUGGAGUGGAGUGACUGGCAAUCCAGUCAAGUUUGGUCUCGGCAACAUCACCAUUGUCUUUGACAUCAUCUUCAUCUUUCAGCAUUACGUGCUGUAUCGACAGCCGAAAAAGCACCUCGAAGACGAGGAGGAGGAUUGCGAAAGCGAAAAUGAACAGCUCCUGUCAGAUCGCCAUGACUAG